GCAGCGGUGUCUUUGUGCUGCACGACGGCAGACAAAGACAGGCAGUGCUUGCGUCAUCCAACGCGCAGCACUCCGCCACCUUCCGGGUGCACGCUGGCACGCCGGUGCACACGAGAGGGACAAUCCUCGGCCAACUCGGCCUCCUCGACACACGUCUCAACACGUGUCGAGCUGCGGCAACAGGUCCUAGCGACCCGCCGCCAUUUCACUCUAUACGCGUGCAGGCACGCCGGCGCGUAUAGAGCCUCGCAACGACAAGCGUUGAGCUUAAACAAAGUGUGCGUGCUGGCACGCCGGCGCACACUACUGCGACACCUCAAGGUCGUGCCACGUGGAAGCCAUCGCCGUGGGACUUUGGUCACUGCGUGAAGCCACCGUCACCGGAGCCCUUCAUCUCAGCAGCUUCACCGGUCAACGGCGCUUCACCCAAGUCCCUCGCACGAGGCCACCGACACCAGCGCAUCUCCCGACGACGACCAUCCGGAACCUCCUCAGCGGCAGUGUCAACGGAUUCGUCGAGCGUCGUGCGCCGCACAAGGCGAUAUCCCCGAGACCGAAAUCUACAGUGCUACGCAACUCCCGUGCACGACAGUCCAGUGUACUCUUUCCCCGGACGGCAGUCCCCUCGGAGAGUAUAUCUGACGUCACACACGAGAGCCAACAGCACCUUUCGCUCAUCAUCCUUCUAACGAGUUUAGACAUGGAAAAAGUAGGCGAAUUGAGAUCUCAGCUCAGGGCGUAUAGAAACGCCUCAGCUGACGAGCAAACUCGAGCAGACUGCUUCCGGGCAGACCGGGAGUUGGAACUUUUCGAGUCAUAUCUCCGAACAACACUCGACCGCCGGGAGACGCAUCUCCUCAUGGCCAGACAUCACAACUCCUCUAGCCACCCGGUGCUCUACGAUCCUCAAUUACCGCAACUUUUUGUAAACAACGAGCCAGCGCUCCGACUGUUUUUACGCGACAUCCGAUAUAGAGUUAACAAAACAGCUCUUCACAAAUGUCUACUAGAUCAAGGUUGUACCGAUUUCGAAAUCGUUAGCGUUAAAACAAAAAAAUCCGGGUCGGUAGCGACAGUACUCUGCAACUCGCUCGCAUCAUCGGGCGCGAUGCAGGUUAAAUCUUGUAAAAAAGAACUCGUUUUCACUGAUCCCAACGGCAAACAGUCACACAUCAAGACUAAACCGGAUCAGUUUAUCACUCAAAACGCGCUGCUACCUGCACAAGCGAUCAAACGGAAAACUUCCAUCCUACCGGAUAACCUUACUCGCUUAUUCAACCAAAGCGACCCAGUGCUUACGCUGUGGAAUUACCUUAGCGCGGACGACAUUUUUAACUUGUAUAUAGCAUGCCAUGAAAAUUCGAUUUUUCAUCGCCUAGGUAUUCCUUUCGACUCAUCUAGCAUUAGAUAUUCUGGUCCGAAUGGCCUAAACCAAAUGCUAGAAGACGCAACGACAUUUACCUUUCGUAGCAUUAGUUUUUCGUCAAACGCAAACGUCUUUGAGACACCCUUUGUAAAUAAGUUUUUCAAAGCAUGCGCAAAUCGUUGUAAAAACUCUACGAGACGAGUAGGCAAGCACCUAGUCGAUCUCUCAGCGGUUGCGAUCACUCGCGAAACGAUCAAAAUCCUAGCAGAUCACUUCGCAGUCCACAAGCUUGUUCUCGGUAAAACACCCGGGGGCUCUGAAGAAAACUUAGAAUUAGAAAAACUAAGCACGUUAAGCCUGUACAACAAUCUACACUUAUCACUUAAAUUCCUAACAAAAGACUGUUUCUCGUAUCUACGUACAUUAAGAAUGGUAGGGUGCAACGAAGUCCCCAUGGACAAACUUUUUAGUUUUGUAAUCUGCAACCAGCGACUCGAAGAGUUGGUAUUCACCGACAGUCAAAGCAGAAACCAACAUACCGUAGACUUAAGCGUAGCAGCGAUUUCGGGAAGUAACGUGUUGGAAAAGUUUCAAUUUAAUUACUCAGCUGCAAAAACCUUCCGAACUCACUUGAUCCCAGACUUAAUCUGGAACGAGUCGAAGUCUAUCAAAUCCAUCGAUUUAGAGAACAACACUUUCUUUCAAAAACAUGCCAACACCUUGCUUUCCAAACUGCCUAAUGUACAACAUGUAAAUAUUUUAGGAUUAGAUAUCGAUCAAGUCUUAGUUCUAAGUAGCUGUGAGCAAAUCUUGUCAAUCAAAAUUAACUACGAAGAAAACCUAGUUAGCACGUUGUAUAGCUUGAUUCCGACUAGAGUCAAGUCUAUAGAAAUAGUAAACUUACUAGGUAAGAAAAAAACCAAAGCGAUGGACAUGUUCUGCAUUCGCGACUUGUUCCAUUCUCGAGAUCAGCUUUACAUUAAGCUCACCAAUUGCAAAAUAGCAAUUCCGAAUAAUCUCGUCAACUACUUUGCGGCGAACCACGUUCAAAUUACGCGAACAAGCAACACGUGCGAAAUCAGCAAAACACCAAAGGAAACUUAAGUACAACUACGAAUACAAGAAAAUACUUGUACGAUCAAACACUUGUGAUCUCAGUUCCUAUUUAUAGACUAUUAUUUUGUAAAGCGUUGAACCACACGCACCAGCGAAUAGCUCUAAGAAAAAUAUCCAUGUAAACAUCCUCCAGCCUCUGACGCUAGAUUUUUUUUUUUUCGGGGGGAGUACUGUAGGUACCACACGGAUAGGUGGCGGCACGUACCGCUGCAGAGAGAGAGAGAGAGAGAGAGAGAGCAGCCAUGCUGCGAGCGAGCGAGCACCGUCGCCGCCGCUCAGUUCUGCACUGACCACGCACACGGUCAGACGUCUGGAGAGACACUGCAAUAAAGCAUUUAUUACACGUAGGCGAGGCAUCUUCUCUGUCCACUAUCCACCUCGUCCUACAUUAAUACCUUACACGAGAUACACAGCGUACAGCAUGGAGUAUUUGACACCACAAGUACAUUGUCACAUAUCAACAGCAGAGACGGCAAUACAAACGUCACCACCAGUCAUCCAAGAUUGCAAGGAGAUAGCAGUUUACCAGAACCCGGAUCCAGCAACUACGACCUACCUUCUAUUAGACAGAGGCAGGACCUCCAGCAUCAAGUCAAUAAAUAGUGGUAUAGAACCAUUGCCAAUCCAAGGAACAUCGAUGUAGUACGAGAGACGGACAAACGAUUCUCCGCAGGAGAGACGUACUGGGACGCGGAGACGAUAGCAGACGAACCACAAGAGACGGACUUUCAGUAGAAUGACGGUCCACGCAACGUAUACACGGACAAAUGGGACAUCCUAUACUAUAAUAAUAGGGUAGAAGAAUAAUUUUUCUAAAAAUGACAAAUUUAAUGUACAGAAUUUGAUGAAAAAAAAGAAAAAAUUUAGUGAAAUAUUUAUUUUAUUAGUCGUGCAGCAAAUGUAGAAUAUGUAAGCACACAAUUUUUACAAUAGCAUUCAAAGUCGAUAUAACUAAACUAGACAGCGAAACGGACGAACUCAGAGACAAAAGAAUUCGUGACGUCCUCAACAAUUCCCGAUCCAGCGGUUAAUGAUGUAUUGGGAAGCGACUGACAUAUAGAACAAGGAGGUCCUGGAAAACUUCGACCUUUACGGAAAAGCCUUCGAAACGAACUGGAACUCCUUUGAUAAAAAUAACCGAUCCAAAUGCCAGUCGUAAAAAGGGAACUCGAAACAACCCUGAAGUCUCUCAUUCAUAUGGCGAUCGUCGGCCCGGAAAGCGCGCAACGUAUUCCAAUGAGUGAACUACGAACAAUAUAAUAAAGAAAAUUGUAAAUAAAUUUACGACCGAACAGAAGCAAUGUAAUUACUGCAAACAAAAAUAAUUAAUACUUACGUUUACGCACUCCCACCUUCCACCGGGACUUAACCUCUUAUAACGACGAACCAUUGUCACAAUUGCAAGGUAUAAGUUUGGCGCGAAUCAAGGUAAGCGGGCACUUGCGCCCGAAAUAGUAUUUUUUGUAGGUACGGGCCUUUCAUGAAGCGCGAGAGCGAAAAGCACAUAGUACGCUAGUGCGCGCUAGCCCCGCCUACUUUCUCGCUUCGGAGCUCGGACUGCUCUCUCGCUCUCUCUCGCUCCUACGCUGCUGCCGGCGGCUCGGGUCUCUUCGGGGUUUCUCGUGUCGCGUCUGCGCGUAAUUAAACUCAGUAACAGCAUUACGUUUAUGUAAAUGCGUUACUGAGUUUAUCUUGUCGAGCACGGGGUACGCUCGCAUGCUGGCGUCGUGCGGAGCCAUCUUCACUCUCUCUACAACUUCUAAACAAUACACCACGCCGCAGCGCACAUCAUCCUUAUCAGCCCUUUCGUCGUGUGAGAGAGAGAGACUCAAUCACUGCAGCCACGAGAUCACAAGGAACGUGACAUCCUGUGACAUCAACUCAAGCAUCAGUAGUGAUUAUUUGGUAAUUUCUCACUGAACUUUUUUCACUGAGAAAGCAAUUUUAUUUUUUUUUAUACUAACGUGCACCCAGGAAUAAGGCGUUAAGCCCAAACUGGGGGAGACAAGCUACAGCUCGUCUCCAGCACAAAAUUAAUAAACUAACCUGCCUCCAAAAGGGUGUAAAAAUACCGCUUCGUGCCGUCUGACUGGGCUGGCUACGUCAGACCCCAGUCAGUUACCCCAGGACGCACUUCGUCAUUUGAUAUCCUUCAUUUCAGAUUUACUAACAACUCCGUAAAUAAUUGUAUCGUCAAUUUCAUUAUCUUUACGUGGAAUAUAAAUUUCUAGAACUCAUAAAAGUUUACCUAAAUCUAUACGUUGAGCAUACGUCUCCACGUGGCGUAUCACGCAAUAGAUUUUAUUCAUUACUCUAGCAACAUUUCUGAAAUUAGUAUUUAAAUUUAUUUUUGCAUAUAAAAAUUAAGUUCAUUUUCAAUUUAAUUAUGAAAUAUUUUGUCUGAUCAAUUUUCACAUAAUAUCUAUUUUCGUUUACGUUAUAAUUCAAUGAAUUUAAAUUUAAUAAAGAAUACAUAAAAAUUCCUUUCCCUAUUU